AUGUUUGCAUUGAAUAAGAGACAACAUGCAGAUUUUCAAAUAUUAUUAGAAUUAGGUCCACAAACUCAUACUGAUAAAUUAGGUUCGGCAAAUCCUGAUUAUUCGGCUAAAAGAGAAGUUUUAGUUAUGAAAAAUACAAAUAAUCUAAUGGAUUAUGUAAAUAAAAUGAAAAAUUAUUUUUUACAUCAAAAUAAAAAAAGUGAUAAAAUAUCAAACACACUAGGUGGUAAAUGGAUCGAUUGGUGGAGGAAUAAUAUAUUGACACAAAAAGAAAUUGGUAAAAUUAAAUUUAAUAAAGUACCGGGUAUCGAUGAUAGAAUAGAUUAUUCUAAAAAUGUAUAUAAAUACCGUAAAGAUGAUAGUUCCGUCAUCGAACAUUUAAGUAAACUAUACAAAAGACAACCCGAAAGUUGA